AUGGACAGAAGGCUUUGUGAUGCAGCAUUGGAAGGAGAUGUUACCGCUCUUUGUCAGUUGCUUCAAGAAGAUCCACUUGCUCUUGCUAAAGCUGCUUUGAAGUGCGAGGAUAAGAAUCCUCUUCACAUAGCAGCAAUAUUGGGCCAUGUAGAUUUUGUAAAAGCAAUCUUACAAGUUGAUUUUGCUUAUAUUAUGUGUUUGGCCCGUGAUCAAGAUGGCAGAAACCCUUUACAUCUUGCUGCCGUGUAUGGCAGAUUGGAAGUCUUGCAAGAGCUACUUUAUGCAGGAUCUCAAGUUAAUUCUGCUCAUUCUAUGUGUUUGGCCCGUGAUCGAGAUGGCAGAAACCCUUUGCAUCUUGCUGCCAUGUAUGACAGAUUGGAAGUCUUGCAAGCGCUACUUGAUGCAGGAUCUCAAGCUAAUUCUGCUCAUCCUAUGUGUUUGGCUCGUGAUCGAGAUGGCAGAAACCCUUUACAUCUUGCUGCCAUGUAUGGAAGAGUGGCAGUCUUGCAAGUGCUAAUUCGCGUCGGAUUUCAAGCAGCUCUGGAGAAGACAGAUGGCGGAGGAACCAUUUUGCACCUCUGCAUCAUAUAUAAUCAGCUGGAAGCAUUGAAGAUGCUGGUCGACAUAUUAAAACAUCCAGAGUUUGAGAAUACAAAAAAUGAGGAUGGCAUGACCAUAUUGCACCUGGCCAUGUACUAUAAGCAACAUGAGACUGUGAAGUACAUAUUGCAGAAGAGCGGAGUUGACAAUGUCAAGUCUGAAUUGGCACGUCUUGGACAUACGACUGGGGCCAAGACAAGCAACUUUUCGACUGGAUUACAGCAUUUAAUAACCGAGAGUCGUAGUUGGAUACAGGUGGCAUGCUCAAUUAUUGCAACAAUGGCUUUUCAGGCUGCAAUGAGCCCUCCGGGAGGCGUUUGGCAAGACGAUCUAACAGUAGAUUCACAUGGUACCCCGGUGCCAAAUCCACACAGAGCAGGAGAAGCCAUAAUGGCAUAUACUCAUCCCCGAAGAUAUGAACUUUUCGUUUUCACAAGCCAAAUAUCCUUUUGGGCAGCUCUGUCGACAAUCAUCAUCACCAUCUGUGAUUUUACAGGAAGUUUAGCUCGGCUUCUGCUGUCGCUUUUGCUCUACAUAGCAAUUGUCACACUAACGACAACUCAUUAUAUAUCCAUCAUUUCGGUAUACCCUAAAUGCCUCACACAAAAGAGAAGUCAGCGCACAGCUCUGGCUGGAUUGGUGCUGCUGUAUGGUAGUGUUUGCCUUCUUGGUGGCAUGCUGGUUAUCGCAGUUGUUUGGAGGAAGCUCAAGAGGAAAGAUCCUGUACAGCUUAAUCAUCUAGGAGAACCUCGGGAUUCAGCUGCUGCUCAUGUGUAG